UUUUCAAUUCACCAAGCAAAAAGGUAAUUUUUACCUUUUUCGCAUUCAUUUAGCAAAAUAGUAAAUAAUACAGUUUUCCCAUUCACUGAUUUAAAAGGUAAAUUCUAGUUGGUUUGGUUGGUUUCUUCAAUAGAAAUGAAAACAAAAUGCAUUCAAAAAUUUAUAUUUACUUGAUAUAAACAGGGACUUUUCAUUAUAUUUAUAUUUGAAAUGUAUCACGGUGUUUGAAAACAAUAAUGAGGUAAGUCCUUUUUUCGCCAGGCUCGUGGCAAUUCGGCUUCGCGUUCUUCCGCGCCAUAAUGACCACUGAAUCCUUCUGCACUGCGUUAACGCAUUCAUGCCCUUCUCCGUUCGACUAAUCCGGUCAGGUCCGGCUUUCCGGAAUGAUAUCUGAAGGAUGACGUAGAAUACACCUCGAAGUUGGGCCGAUCUGAAACAAAAGCAAAGUAUUAUGACGAGAACCAGCACAACUAAAAUAUAUCUAAAAAAACACUUACCAUUCUGUUCCGAUUUUCUCAUAUUGGCACGAAACAAAACUUCUCUUCUGAACGACAAAACAGCUUAACCUCAAUAAAUGGAUUCGCAAAUAGUUACUUUUUUCGAGAUGAAUUGUACCGUUUUGUUUAGCUCAAUCUAGGUCAAUUUCACCUCGCUACGAGGUAAGAUUUACCUUGUUUGGAUUUACUUUUUUUUCUAGGUGAAUUAUACUUUUUCAUUGAGCUCAAUUCAGGUGAACUUUACCUCGCUACGAUGUAAGAUUUACCUUUUUUGGAUUUAACUUUUUUCUCGGUGAAUUGUACCUUUUUUCCAAUCUCGAUGCAGGUAAAUUUUACCUCGCUGUGAAGUGAGUUUCAGCUCGAAGAGGUAGAAGUCAAUGUUCGGAAAAUCGCUCAAGAAAAGCAAUCAGGAUUGGUUUCUAGCUAGAAUACUGAUAUCUCCGAGUGCUGUGAUACACACGUGGUAAAAGUACCCAUUGAAUAUAUGUCGAAAAUCAACACUAACUUGAUACAAGAAAAUAUACCAUGCCCCAUCGGAGGCUACCGUUGCUAUUCGUCACGUGGCUAAUCGACGGUGAUCGACAUACUUGGUGAUACAUUUUGAACGUCGCUCCCUCAAUCAUUCCCGAACGUUCAUCCUCGCAUCAUUGUUGAUAAUAAUCGUUAUUGAUAGACGAUCAUUAAUGUUUCAGAAGGAAAAAUCGGAAGAAAUACCAGGGCCACAUUUUCAAAAUAGCCGUAGCACAUGCUGGACAGUUCAUUGCGGUUACCUGGUCAUGAUUUUGUCCUUCUACGCAUAGCGAAAAAUAAAAAAAAUCAUCUGAUAGCCUACAUAGAUCACUCAAAACUGAUACAUAUCAGUUAUGUAUGAUCCUAAAGGUUGAAAGUCGUCAAGGAAGGAAAUCAGCAUCGAGACGUUCGUUGCUGAUAGUCUGCGUUCUUCUUUACCACAUCAUGUUUUGCAGGAAUGUAUCAAAUUCAGCAGCGUCGUUGUCAUGCAUGAUUGUUCAUAUGAUUUGGUUGGAGAGGAAAAAUUGACUGCUUCGAUUUUUUGGCUCUGAAUGCAGUAAAGCAUGGCUGAUGGAAAAUGAUUGAUUUUCGGAACAUUGGGUAGAAGUUACCUUUUUGGCUUUCACGAGCGUUCACCUUGCUAUCUCGAUAAAUUUUACCUUUUUAUUAUUUUACGUGUACUUGUGGUCCACGUUUCUUUCUGUUUCUGUAAUCCAGAUGUCUCUGCGUUCUCUUCUCCAUGGUAGGCCCAACCAUUUUAUGUUGUUUUUUAUCAUUUUAAUGUUUUUAUGUUAAAAUCAUUGAAAAUAAUUAUAAACUUUUAUUGUUCUUCGGGACUCAGACAUAAAACAUAAGGCUGUGGCUUUGGAAGUACGAUUAAAGCUUAGUUCUUUUAGAAAUGGGACACUUUCAUUUGCUAAUAGCUCUUUAACUAGUUAUCGGAUAUUAAAAAUUUUAACAGCACUUUUUUGUCUGUAAAAAGUACUAUUCGACCUAUUUUUUCCAAAUAUAAAAUUUACGCGUUUUUGAGAUAUGUACGAUGCAAGAGAAAAAGAUAAAAAUAAUUUUGCACAGUUUCCUUAAAAAUUCGUCAUUAUCAAAUUGAUAGCUGACAAAACCGUUGAUUAUUCAAAGAAUUACUGAGUUUUUGUGGUGGAUAAGUAUGCAAACACUGUCAAUAAUGUCCACAAAGUUCAAAUCAAGCAUUGUAGUGAAGCACAUGAUCGGCAACAACGGUUAAGGGUCAUCAAGGAAGUCAAGUCUCAUACCAGCAUUUUUAAUUUUCAAUAAACGAAAAACUAAGGGUAGAUCGCUGAAAUGUCCAAAAAAAUUUUCUCCGAUAAGCUGAAAGUGUUGCCUAGUGAUGACUCAUUAAAAUCCAACCUCAAACAACCAUUUUUUGAUAGUUCCAAAGCUCUUAAGCUGUAAAACCGGUACCAAAAAAAAAACGUUAAAAAAAGUUGUUAAAAAUAAUCAAAUUUGUUCAUUUCGAAACAACUGUAUCCACUAAAAUGCUUCCAGUUUCUUUUAAAAGACAAGUGUUGGACCGAAAAGUAUCAGAAUUUGAAGAAGGAGAGUGCAGCCACCUAAAAUAUAGAUUUUACGAAGUAUAAAUUGGAGAAACUGAUCAAUACCAUGACUGAAAAAAGUGUGCGCCGGCCAAUAGGAGAUACCAAGAAUAAAGUAGAAAUUUCUUUAACAAAAAACGGUAAAUAAUUUUUUUCAAAUUUUUUCAUGAAAUAUCAUAACAUUACCUUCAUUUUCUUCAUAGAAAGUAUUUCGUUCAAACGAAUGGUUUUUGAGAUACACGCAUUCGUAACUGUCCCAUUUCUAAAAGAACUAAGCUUUAGUGAUAGAAGGUAAUAAAUGCAUUGUUUUAUUUUUUUUUUUCAAAACAUUGAAAUUCAGCAGUAGAGAAAAUAAAAAAAUGGGAUGCAUAAAUUCAGAGGAUUCUGCUAGUAUCCCGGGGAAAAAUCAAAAGCCAUCAUAGUCAUUUGCAGCAACUGAAACAAUAUUUUCGCGUGAUCGUUCUGAAACUCUGAAAAACGCUACAUAUCUAAAUUAAAGACAAAAAACAUCAUAUUUGAAUGAUGUUCUGUGUUCUGCCAAUAGAUUAAAAACGAUGUUGAAAUUUAUUUUUGUCCCAAUGUCCCAAAUAGUUAGGAAAAAGGAUGAUAUGCAGUUCGAAAUACUAAAGUUGAGCAAUAAAAUUUUGUAGGAUUAAAACAUCUUGAGAACUUGAAAUCUUUAAGUACACGGAAAAUAAAAAAAAGGUAAAAUUUACCUUUUUGCGAGGUGAUUUUUUUCCACCCUUCUUUCGAAGUAAAUUUUACCUUUUUUUCAUUCACCUAGCGAAAAGGUAAAUUCUACCUUUUUCGAAUUCACCUAGCAAAAAGAUAAAUUUAACCUUUUUCGCAUUCACUUAGCAAACAAUACCUUUUUCCCAUUCACUGAUUUAAAAGGUAAAUGCCAGUUCGUUUGAUUGGUUUCUUCAAUAAAAAAUAAAACAAAAUUCAUUCAAAAUUUGAUAUUUAUUUUAAAUAAAUGGGGACUUUCACCUUAUCUUAAUAUUUGGAACGUAUCCCCGUUUUUAAAAAAUUGUUGAGGCAAGUCCUUUCUUUGCCAGGCUCGUGACAAUUCGGCUUUUGCGUUCUCCCGAGCCACCAUGGCCGCUGAAUCCUUCUGCAUUGCGUUAACACACCACAACAUUCAUGUCCUUCUUCGCUCUGUGGGCCGGUCUGAAACAAAAGCAAAGUUUUCAACGAGAACCAUCACAACUGAAUGAUAUCUAAGAAAACACUUACCAUUUCCGAUUUUAACAUAUUGGGCACGAAGCAAAACUUCCUUCCUGAACGACAAAACAGCUUAACCUCAAUAAACGGUGUUGGCAAACUUUUUUUUCGAGAUGAAUUGUACCGUUUUGUUUAGCUCAAUCUAGAUCAACUUCACCUCGCAACCAGGUAAGUUUCACCUUUUUUGAAUUCACCUUUUUUCUCGGUGAAUUGUACCUUUUUUUCAACCUCGAUUCAGUUACCUUUACCUUACCUUUUUGUUACCUUUUUGGCUUUUACGAGCGUUCACCUUGCUAUCUCGGUAAAUUUUACCUUUUUAUUAUUUUCCGUGUAAUGUUGUGAAAAUCGGUUCAGAUAAAGGGUGUUCACGAUAAUAUUGCUACACACAAAAUGGUUCGCUAAAUUCGAGUUUUCAUCCUAUUGCCAUCAAAUUUUCAGGGAUUGAAAAAUAAGUAUCAAAAUUUAUGUAACCAUUUUACUCGUAUUCUAUUUACGUCCAUACGCAAAUGCCCGCAACUUGGCUUUAACCCCGGCCAUAAGUUUCUGCACAACCUGUGAAUCAACCGUUUUUUGCAUGUAAACCCGUACUUUCUUCAUUACCUUAGGUCGUUUAAGAAGGUGCUGCUUCAUAAUCUCCCAGUACUUCUCGAUGGGGCGGAGCUCCGAAGUGUUGGGAGGGUUGAACAUUUUCGGCACGUAAUUUAUGGGGGCUGGAAAUUCGGCCGAAGGCCGAUAGGCUGAAAGAUGUUAGGCCGAAGGUCGCUAGGCCGAAUGGGUUAAAAGGCCGAUGGAUGUUCGGCCGAAUAGGACAAUAGGCCGAAUGCGACAUUAGGCCGAAGGUUAUUUGGCCGUAUAUUAUUUGGCCGAAUGUAUGUUAGGCCGAAUGGUCAUUCGGCCGAAUAGUCAUCAGGCCGAAUGGACAAUAGGCCGAAUGGUCAUCAGGCCGAAUGGUCACUAGGCCGAAUGAUCGGUAGGCCGAAAGGUCACUAAGCCGAAUGGUCAUUUGGCCGAACGGUCAUUUGGCCGAAUGGUCAUUAGGCAGAAUAGUCAUUUGGCCGAAUGGUCAUUAGGCAGAAUGGUCAUUUGGCCGAAUGGUCAUUAGGCAGAAUGGUCUCAAGGUCGAAAGGUUGUAAGGCCGAAUGGUUGCUAGGCCGAAAGAUCGUUAUGCCGAAUGGUCGUCGGACCAAACGGUCGUAAAGGCGAAUGGAUGCUAGGCCGAAAGGUCGUUGGACCGAAUGGUUGUAAGGCCAAAUGGAUGCUAGAAGGUCGUUAGGCCGAAUAGCCAUUAGGCCGAAUGGUUGUUAGGCUGAAUGGUCGUUGGGCCGAAUUUAUGCUAGGCCUAUAAGACAUAUUAUCGCUUUCUUGCAUGUCAGACCGAUCAGCAGUUAGGCCGAUCAGAACAUUCGGCCUAACAGCCAUUCGGCCAAACGACCUUUCGGCCUAGCAUGCAGUCAAGUGUAAAAGAUUUCUAAUUGACCUAGAAACCAUUCAUGACGAUCAUUCAGCCUUAUGGCCAUUCGGCCUAACGAACAUUCGGCUUUACGACCUUUUGGCCUAGCAUCCAUUCGCCCUUACGACCAUUCGGCCUUACGACCUUUCGGCCUAACAUCCAUUCGGCCUUAAGACCUUUCGGCCUUACGAAUAUUCGGCCUUGCGACCAUUCGGCCUUACGACCAUUCGGCCUAAUGACCAUUCGGCUUAGUAACCUUUCGGCCGAAUGACCAUUCGGCCUAAAGACCAUUCGGCAUAGUGACCAUUCGGCCAAAUGAGCAUUCGGCCUAGUGAUCAUUCGGCCGAACAUCCUUUCGGCCUUGUGUCCUUUCGGCCUAACAGCAUUCGGCUGGAUAACCGUUGGCUGAAUAACCCAUUCGGCCUAGUGGCCUGUUCGGCCAGAUAGCCCAUUCGGCCUAAAAUCCAUCGGCUGAAUGACCUUCGGCCAAAUGGCUUUCGGCCGAAUGACCCAGCCUCGUAAUUUACCUUAUUGUCCGCAUACUACUUCAGCACGUCCUUAGAGUAGUGGCAUGAGGCCAAAUCCGGCCAGAAGAUUGUUGGGACGUUGUGGGCAUUCAGGAGAGGAAGCAGCCGCUUAUGGAGUCGCUCUUUAUUGUACACCUGUUCGUUCAUCGUGUCCUGGGUUACGAAAGGUGCACUCCGCUUCCCGUACGUGCAGAUGGCUUGCAAAACCAGGAAUUCAUUCACAAAUUUGGACAUCUUCAGAGUGCGGACAUGCUCCGGAACGCUGAAUUUAUCCUUGGCCGUGAAAAACAGGAACGAUGCGAGAGAUCCUGGUUCUCGUGAUGAAUGCGCAAAAUUUUAUCACGCACGAGCUGUUCUUUCGACUCUACUUCGGCGAGUUUUGAUCACAGGACUUUAAAACAGGAUGUAAACAAUGCACUAUGAACUAAAUCCAUCCAAAUUUUCAUUAAAUUCUACCCAACGGUUAAAAAGUUAAAAAGAGAAAUUUCAUAGUGUGGCAAUUUCAUCGUGGACACCCUUUACAAGGUGUGAGAUCUGGCGUCCACAACUUUUUCAAACUUGGACCUUAGUGCAAUAAAACGGGUUGGAAAUUGUAUAUUAAAAAUGCUUUUGAGAAAAGUAUAUCUUGAGUAUACAAACAGUUAGUGGUUCAUCAAAAGCGGUAUAAUUCACGAAAGACUUUUAUUCUGAAGCUUUUUCCAGCACCAAUUCCACUGUGAACGUCAACGCAUUGAAGUUUCUUCUCCGCAUUUUCCCGCAAUCGUUUCCCGUGCCUGGAGUGGGUGAGUGCGUUUUCGGGAAAAUCUCACUUACACCUGCUGUGUGAGUGUAUGAGCGCCUGGAAGUGGAGUCUCACUCCACGCAGCCGAAGGAGUGAGAAAAAAGGAACACGAUGGGAAAUUGGAUACUGGUUCCGACAAUUUUACCGCCUCUCCUCCUGGGUCCCUCCUUCCCACCGGACCUCUAAUGGAUGCCGCAAAGCUAUGCAAGGUAAUCGAAGGAAAAACGUGGUUGAGACAGAGGACACGAUCCAUUUGGAGAAUUUGGCAGCUGUCGGUCUCGAGCUUUGGAGCUGAACUUUGGAACCCGGUCUCGUCAGUCGGUUUUCGGAAGUGGCCAAGACAGGAAGUGCGCGCUGUUCGUGUUGUUUAUGUUUAGUGGGUGUUUCUCAGAGGAGCCAGUCAAGAAGAACGAAUCCUAUCACGGCGAGAAGAGAAUGAAAAUUUGAAGCUUUCCCAGAUUUUCCAGUGUGUGUGGAUGUGUGAGCUGGUUCGUUCUGUUUUUGUUUCCUUGAGACGGAAGACGAUUCGGGGAGUGUAGUUUUUAUGUUGUGCGAAUAAUCGACUAAGCAUUUUUGAUUUCAUACAUUGCCAGUAGUGAGUUUUGGUGGGAAAUUGUUGUGCAGGUGUAAAAGUGUUUAUUCGUACAGUGCAUUUCAUUUCAAUGAGUCAUAAUCUGGAGAUAGAAUCGCCUUACUUUAUGCCAACAGAUAAGUUAUCUCACGACGAGGGAGCUUUGGAAGAAAGUAAAAGUUGACUGACACAGUUUUCUAUUCCCAGAUUCCUCGAACUGAAGCAACGAAAUCUAAAAUAUCAAAACAAAACAAUCAUCCAUCGAGCUAAAUUUGAACAAAAAUACUGCCCACUCUCAAAGGGACCACCGUUUUGUAGUACCAUUUUUGGUAGGACCCUUUUUUAAGUCAAAAGAACACUAACUUUCCGUCAAAAUUGCGGCCCCAGCAGCGGCUGCAGCGGUCGUGGUGGCCAGACCGAUUAAAAUGCGACUGAAAAGUGCCGGCAAAAGUUUUCGCCGGCACAAGGCCAAACACGCUCAGGAUUUUCCCCAGCCAUGCGAGGUGACGGAGGCAUCCCUGGAGCUAUGGCGCACCCUGCCGCCCAAGAUCCGGCAGGACCCCAGUAUGGUGUCCUUCCAGCAGGUGGAACUGGAGCAUGCCCGGCUGCACGGUGACGAUCACGAAGACUCCUUUCCGGAGAUCCAGCAGCUGGAGUACGAGGUUGAGGAGGAAGAGGAGGAUGAGGACGACGAUGAUGAUGACGACAACGGCAACGAGUUCAUCACCAUCAAUGUCACCAACGAGCAGGGCCAGCAUCGCGAAGUGGAUCACAUCAAAGAGAAAAAAGACAUCCCGAAGCCGCAUGUUCAUCACUUGGCCGGUCAUUACAUUGGUAACAUAACCCCACCGAAACACGAUGACCUCAACGAUACCGGCCAAAAUCACUCGGAUGAGGACAAUCCGUUCCGAAAGUAUACCAAGAUUAUCUGCCUGUUCAUCACCUGGAUGGUGAUAAUCGGUUUUUUGGUGGUCAAAGAUGAGAAGCUGAUUCAUCCGAAGCAUUUGUCAGUUCCGGAUGGUCGAACUCGAUCUUAUGUGCUGCCGAAAGUUCCGUUGAGCACUCGGGUGAGAUUUACGUUUGAGGGAACCUUCCUCGGGGAACCGUACACCAACAUUACAGUGAACUAUUUGACAAUCUAUCUGCAAUCAAUGAGCUCCACAUUGGAAGGGAAUAUGACUGAAGAAUCGGUACCACCGAAUGCGAUCCAUAACAUCAGCGAACCUUGGCACAUUCCCAUAGUUCACCCGUAUCUGUUCGAUAGUGCACCGAUCCUGAAGAAACAGCACAUUUUCGAGAUGAGUGAUAGUAGCUAUGAGCGGAUUCACGAGGAAAAGGCUGCCGUUCGGCUGAUGGUCAAAAGCAACAUCAAGGCUCCGAUGCCAAUUUCGGUGCAAUACGAUCAUGCUCCGGUCAAACGAGACGUCGGGGUGAUCUACGCCGCUUUCGUCCUCAUAUUCCUGUACGCCCUGAUCGUGUGGGAAAUUGUCCAUCGAACGUUUGCUGCCGUCAUCGCAUCGACGUUGGCCAUUUCGAUUCUGGCAGCCCUGAACGAUCGACCCACGAUGGAGGACAUCGUGGGGUGGAUCGAUGUGGAAACCAUUCUGCUGCUGUUCUCGAUGAUGAUCUUGGUUGCGAUCAUGGCCGAAACGGGAAUUUUCGACUACGUGGCUGUGUGGAUCUAUAAGAUCACCAACGGUAAAAUAUGGAAUCUUAUUCAUUGUUUGUGUAUAUGUACGACGUUGAUUUCCUCAUUUUUGGAUAACGUGACAACGGUGCUACUGAUGGCUCCAAUCACUAUAAGGUUAUGCGAGGUGAUGGAUAUGAAUCCUGUGCCGGUGCUGAUGGCGAUAACGGUUCACGCCAAUAUCGGAGGAACGAUGACCCCGGUUGGGGAUCCUCCGAAUAUCAUUAUCACCUCGAACCAGUACAUUCUGAAACACGGUGUAACAUUUUUGACCUUCACCGCCCACAUGAUGGUGGGCGUAAUCAUCGUCGUGAUAGCAACGAACAUCCACCUGCGGUUGAAGUACCGCAACAUCAACAACCUCCGCAUGCACGAACCCAAGGAGAUCAAAGAGCUGCGCCGUAACAUCAAGGUGUGGGAACGAGCAGCAGGGAAAAUCCCACCUUAUUCCAAAGAUGCCAACAUUGUACGCGAAACUUUGAUGAAGAAGGUCCAUUUGCUGAGGCACGAACUAAAGAAAAAGAUGACCAAGGGUUGCGUCCCGGAGGAGCUGUACCGAUCGACUCUGGACGAGUUGCAGAAGGAACAUCCGAUCAAGAACAAGGGGCUGCUGAUCAAAUCCGGGAUCGUUUGUGCGUUCAUCAUAUCGCUGUUCUUCCUGGAGUCGAUCCCGGAACUGCGCCGACUUUCUUCCGGGUGGGCUGCCCUUCUGGGCGUAGUUCUUCUGUUGAUCAUUUCCGAUAAAAACGACAUGGACGCCGUGCUGUCCCGCAUCGAAUGGCCGACGUUGUUAUUUUUCGCGGCCAUGUUUACCCUGAUGGAAGCGGUCGAAAGGAUGGGGCUGAUCGAUUGGAUUGGCCAUGCCACCGAAUCGAUUAUCUUAUCGGUAUCGGAAGAUCUUCGACUGGCGGUUGCCAUCAUCAUAAUUCUCUGGAUAUCGGCUCUGACAUCAGCCUUCGUAGAUAGCAUUCCCGUUACGGCCAUGAUGGUGAAGAUAGUAGUGGCCCUGUCGGAGAAAUCUUCCCUGGGACUGCCACUGCAGCCGCUGGUUUGGGCACUGGCUUUCGGUCCCUGUUUGGGAGGCAACGGAACCCUUGUGGGAGCAUCGGCCAAUGUCAUUUGUGCUGGAAUAGCGGAACAGCACGGAUAUCGGUUCAGUUUCAUGGACUAUUUUAAGCUCGGAUUUCCCAUCAUGUUAGUUAGUGUUAUUGUGACCACCGGAUAUCUCAUUAUGGCCCACGUUGUCUUUGCCUGGCAUUAGGCGUGUGGAUGCCCUCUCUCUCUCUCUCUUAAGGAUGAGACCAGUUAAAAACUGAACAAUUCAACUGAUGUAACUGAAAAAAACCUUUCGCCUUUCGAGUGAAGAAUCCCAAGAAAGAGGAAUAAAACGAUUUAGGAAAAAAGUCUUUGAGCUAAAACUAAAAAAAAGAAAGUUUGUAUUUAUUUUGCAGUUAAUAUACAUGUUCUCCAAAUCUACAUAAACUACGAUAUACAAACCAAACCAAACCAUUGAAUGUAGUACGUGUUUUUCAAAUUCUGUAUUUCUCCAUCUCUAUUGUCUCAAGGUUAAGUUAAGUUCAAAGAAUAAAC